UUAGACAAAGCUACAUUUGAAGCUCAGCCCCCUGACCUACCAAAAGUGGGACAAGGCAUGCAGUUUCUGAAUCUCAAUUUUCCUCUAUUAUCAAACGAGAAAAGCAAUUCCUCCCUCUCAUUUAAUCCUGGAGUGCUAAGAGGAGUAAAUGAGCUAUCCCAGGCAAAGAACUCCAUUUAGUGGUUUAGAGCAAAUAACAGGUGUUCAGGAAAUGUUAUUAUCCCUUCGUGUGUUUCAGCUUCGCCUUUCCUGGAGCCCUUAAACAGCCUGAAGUGAAAAGCACCAUGACCUGUCACUACAAGACGAGAAGCCUCAGGAGAAGGAAGGAGAUCCCCUUUCAUUGGUUUUGCCGAGUUUCCCGAGCUCCAUCCUCCUACAGUUAAAUCAACACUCUUUAUCCUUAGACUGCUGAUAAUCUCACCAACCGCUUCCUGUUUUACAGUUAAGACUUCAACAAAGAAGGACCCAGGAACAACUGGCUAACCAAGGCAUAAUACCACACUAAUCCAAGCUACAGCAGCCACAUACUUACUGCAAAACCUUGCACUGAAACGUCCAGCUGAAUUCCAUGAGCAAAGAAAACAUUUGGAUAGUGACAAGGCUAAAAAUUCCCUGAAGCGCAAAGCCAGAAACAGGUGCAACAGUGCCGACUUGGUUAAUAUGCACAUACUCCAAGCUUCCACUGCAGAGAGGUCCAUUCCAACUGCUCAGAUGAAGCUGAAAAGAGCCCGACUCGCCGAUGAUCUCAAUGAAAAAAUUGCUCUACGACCAGGGCCACUGGAGCUGGUGGAAAAAAACAUUCUUCCUGUGGAUUCUGCUGUGAAAGAGGCCAUAAAAGGUAACCAGGUGAGUUUCUCCAAAUCCACGGAUGCUUUUGCCUUUGAAGAGGACAGCAGCAGUGAUGGGCUUUCUCCGGAUCAGACUCGAAGUGAAGACCCCCAAAACUCAGCGGGAUCCCCGCCAGACGCUAAAGCCUCAGAUACCCCUUCGACAGGUUCUCUGGGGACAAACCAGGAUCUUGCUUCUGGCUCAGAAAAUGACAGAAAUGACUCAGCCUCACAGCCCAGCCACCAGUCAGAUGCGGGGAAGCAGGGGCUUGGCCCCCCCAGCACCCCCAUAGCCGUGCAUGCUGCUGUAAAGUCCAAAUCCUUGGGUGACAGUAAGAACCGCCACAAAAAGCCCAAGGACCCCAAGCCAAAGGUGAAGAAGCUUAAAUAUCACCAGUACAUUCCCCCAGACCAGAAGGCAGAGAAGUCCCCUCCACCUAUGGACUCAGCCUACGCUCGGCUGCUCCAGCAACAGCAGCUGUUCCUGCAGCUCCAAAUCCUCAGCCAGCAGCAGCAGCAGCAGCAACACCGAUUCAGCUACCCAGGGAUGCACCAAGCUCAGCUUAAGGAACCAAAUGAACAGAUGGUCAGAAAUCCAAACUCUUCUUCAACGCCACUGAGCAAUACCCCCUUGUCUCCUGUCAAAAACAGUUUUUCUGGACAAACUGGUGUCUCUUCUUUCAAACCAGGCCCACUCCCACCUAACCUGGAUGAUCUGAAGGUCUCUGAAUUAAGACAACAGCUUCGAAUUCGGGGCUUGCCUGUGUCAGGCACCAAAACGGCUCUCAUGGACCGGCUUCGACCCUUCCAGGACUGCUCUGGCAACCCAGUGCCGAACUUUGGGGAUAUAACGACUGUCACUUUUCCUGUCACACCCAACACGCUGCCCAAUUACCAGUCUUCCUCUUCUACCAGUGCCCUGUCCAAUGGCUUCUACCACUUUGGCAGCACCAGCUCCAGCCCCCCGAUCUCCCCAGCCUCCUCUGACCUGUCAGUCGCUGGGUCCCUGCCGGACACCUUCAAUGAUGCCUCCCCCUCCUUCGGCCUGCACCCGUCCCCAGUCCACGUGUGCACGGAGGAAAGUCUCAUGAGCAGCCUGAACGGGGGCUCUGUUCCUUCUGAGCUGGAUGGGCUGGACUCCGAGAAGGACAAGAUGCUGGUGGAGAAGCAGAAGGUGAUCAAUGAACUCACCUGGAAACUCCAGCAAGAGCAGAGGCAGGUGGAGGAGCUGAGGAUGCAGCUUCAGAAGCAGAAAAGGAAUAACUGUUCAGAGAAGAAGCCGCUGCCUUUCCUGGCUGCCUCCAUCAAGCAGGAAGAGGCUGUCUCCAGCUGUCCUUUUGCAUCCCAAGUACCUGUGAAAAGACAAAGCGGCAGCUCAGAGUGUCACCCGCCGGCUUGUGAAGCUGCUCAACUCCAGCCUCUUGGAAAUGCUCGUUGUGUGGAGUCCUCAGAUCAAACCAAUGUACUUUCUUCCACAUUCCUCAGCCCCCAGUGUUCCCCUCAGCAUUCACCGCUGGGGGCUGUGAAAAGCCCACAGCACAUCAGUUUGCCCCCAUCACCCAACAACCCUCACUUUCUGCCCUCAUCCUCCGGGGCCCAGGGAGAAGGGCACAGGGUCUCCUCGCCCAUCAGCAGCCAGGUGUGCACUGCACAGAACUCAGGAGCACACGAUGGCCAUCCUCCAAGCUUCUCUCCCCAUUCUUCCAGCCUCCACCCGCCCUUCUCUGGAGCCCAAGCAGACAGCAGUCAUGGUGCCGGGGGCAACCCUUGUCCCAAAAGCCCAUGUGUACAGCAAAAGAUGGCUGGUUUACACUCUUCUGAUAAGGUGGGGCCAAAGUUUUCAAUUCCAUCCCCAACUUUUUCUAAGUCAAGUUCAGCAAUUUCAGAGGUAACACAGCCUCCAUCCUAUGAAGAUGCCGUAAAGCAGCAAAUGACCCGGAGUCAGCAGAUGGAUGAACUCCUGGACGUGCUUAUUGAAAGCGGAGAAAUGCCAGCAGAUGCUAGAGAGGAUCACUCAUGUCUUCAAAAAGUCCCAAAGAUACCCAGAUCUUCCCGAAGUCCAACUGCUGUCCUCACCAAGCCCUCGGCUUCCUUUGAACAAGCCUCUUCAGGCAGCCAGAUCCCCUUUGAUCCCUAUGCCACCGACAGUGAUGAGCAUCUUGAAGUUUUAUUAAAUUCCCAGAGCCCCCUAGGAAAGGUGAGUGAUGUCACCCUUCUAAAAAUUGGGAGCGAAGAGCCUCACUUUGAUGGGAUAAUGGAUGGAUUCUCUGGGAAGGCUGCAGAAGACCUCUUCAAUGCACAUGAGAUCUUGCCAGGCCCCCUCUCUCCAAUGCAGACACAGUUUUCACCCUCUUCUGUGGACAGCAAUGGGCUGCAGUUAAGCUUCACUGAAUCUCCUUGGGAAACCAUGGAGUGGCUGGACCUCACUCCGCCGAAUUCCACACCAGGCUUUAGCGCCCUCACCACCAGCAGCCCCAGCAUCUUCAACAUCGAUUUCCUGGAUGUCACUGAUCUCAAUUUGAAUUCUUCCAUGGACCUUCACUUGCAGCAGUGGUAGAAUGCCCAAUGCACCAGUGCUAUGGAAGACCAAUGGAGUUCCAUGGGGGAAAGCACACAGCCAUACAUACUUUACUGUCCAAAAACAGAAGAAGAAGAAGAGAAUUAAAAAGAAGCAAUGAUUUCUGUGCCAAUGAACACGAACAAAAGUCAUUUUUAGAAAUACAUAUACUGUAAUAUUUACCAACAUUCAGUAACUGUUAAUGAUUUCAACAAUGCAUUAAAAAAAUGUGCUUUCUCAGAUUAAGGAUGCCAAAAAAGAUAUUUCACUGCCUUUUCAAAGACCAGUAUAUUUUCUAGCCCAUAAUUUUUCUCAGGCAUUGUUGGGGCAUAAGGUCACACUGUAAGCUUUUCUCAUGAAUUCACUAGACAUAACCUGGAAGGAAAACAUAGUCUUUUGGGAGUACAGGGAAGCCAGCCCCUCAAAGCUUAUGGAAGACAUACCUGCAAUGGAAGCUGUUGCCCAAUGUCUCCAUUACUAUCUUUCAAAAGAGAAGCCAGACCCAGCUUCAGAUCAAAAGUUCUUGAGACAGAGGAACAAAACCAAUCUAUUUCCAGGGAAGCUAAAUCAACUCUAUUUUCCCUCUACCACAAAACUGCCCUGCUGGAGUGGUUCUGAACCUGUACCCAGGACUCGAUGUGGUCACUAAUAACAAUUAACCUGAACUGAGUCCACAGAACUCCACUCAGAGCUUUCUUCUUUUUUAACCAGUGGCCCAAUCAUUCCCACCAUCUCUGUGCUGAUAAGUACGUGUCCUAGAUGAGAACCCUGAAGGAUGCAGACCUUAUUCCCCCGAAGGAGAUGCCACAAGCUCUCCAACACAGCCCCCUUCAGUUCCAAAGACUAGAGAUGACCACAUUGGUAGAAGUCUAUCUCGAGGCACAGGAAGGAAGCCCUACCAGGGAUAAUUCAGACAGGACUAGAGAAUAACAUCAUUUCACAUACCCUGGGAUAAACACCCUGGGUUCCUAUAAAAGGACUAUUACUUAUGGGAGUCCAGCUUCUCCUUUUGUUUUGUUAUUAUCAGUUUAUCUUUCUCCCACUCCACUUUUCCUUCAAGGAACCAAUCCUCUCCUGUUCCUCGUUUGGCCAUCUUUCUUUUUCUGCCCCAACAUUGGGAGGGGAGGACUUCUCAGUUCUAACAAGCUGCCAUACUCCUAAGAAAGCCAUUUUUGAAAAAUUUAACAAUCCAGGUUCUUCUGGAGAACUCAUUCUCCACACGCACAGUUUGCUGCAAAAGGAAGUUGCAAGAAUUUCUUGAGGAAGAAACUGGUGACUUGGUCCAUCAGUCACGAAGUUCUUUCUAUUCUCAUUUAGUUUUCAAGAAAUUAUUGGUUUGUGUUGCUCUGGGGAAAUUGGAAAUCAUUACAUUGUAAAGACAAAUAUGGAUGAUAUUUACAGGAGAGAAUUUCAGAUCUGGGUUUUUGAAAGAAAACAGAAUUGCACAUUGAAAACGACGGAAGGAAAAAGACAGUGGUCUAAUGUGCAUUCCUCAUUACCUCUCGUGGCUUUGGCUGGGAGUUGGAAAAAGCUAAAAUUUCAGGACAGUCUCUGUAAGGCUCACUGUGGCUCCAGUUCACCAUUUUAUAUUGUUGCAUGCUGUAGAAAGGAGCUAUUGCUGUUGUUUUGUUUUUUUUAUUUAAAUCACUAAGGCACUGUUUUUAUCUUUUGUAAAAAAAAAAAAAGUUCACCGUGCACUUAUAGAAAAAAUAAUCAAAAAUGUUGUGAUUUUAGAAGCUCUCUUUUUGAUAAACCAAAGAUUUAGAAGUCAUUCCAUUGUUAACUUGUAAAAAUGUGUGAACACAGAGAGUUUUUGGUGAUUGCUACUCUGAAAGCUGCCAGAUCUUAUUCUGGGGGUGGAAUGUGGAGGAAUACACAUACACACACAAACAUACAUGUAUGUAUAAUAGAUAUAUACAUAUGUGUAUAUUAUAUCUGUGUGUGCAUGUAUCUUCAAAAGCGGUGUUACAGAGUUCUACACCAAAAGCCUUUAACCCUUAAUCUGCUGUGAAUGAUACCUGGCCUUUCUCACUAUGAAUUUCUGAUUAAUCAACCAGACUACACGUUGCCUCUCUGUGUAUGACUAACGGCUCCAACCCGAUGACUCACAGCUACUUGCUUAUCGUGAACAAGCUCAUCUUGGCAAUGAAUAUGGAUGUGAAAAGACAGAACGGCUUCACCAUUAGUAGCUGGAAAUGGUAUCACAGUCUCUUAUAGAGGAAUAUGAAAGGAACAAGAAAAUCAUUUUACAUUCCUUUAUCUGUAUUGUGCUUUAAAAGAUCCACGUGGUAAAUUUUUUAUUUUGCUUUUAUGUCAGUCAUCAGAACCAAAAAAAUCCAGAAGAAAAAAUUGCCAGUGUUUCCUUUGAAGAUGAAGCUACUGGGGAAGAAAACCUUAUUAAUACACUCCACACAUUUGUUCAUUCCUCAGCUGUUGGUGUUUUCUUGGGGUCUUGACAAAGCUUGCUGGUCAGUGCACUUUUCAGGUGUCACGUUUUGCUGUUUGUAUGUUCUUUUUCUUCCCCUUACUUCCUUUGGAAAACAAACUCACACAGUGCCCCUACUCUGAGACCUGGGACUGAGUGUUAAUUAUUUUUUUCCUUGGGUAUUUCUAUCUGAGAGACUAGACCUACUUAGGAGGCCUCUGUACUUCUCCAGAUUGUACCUUUUUAUGGGGAUCUUUGAGGCUAUGACCCAGGACUGAUAGAUAUGCCUUACGGAAGACAAAAGAUAAAAUGGUUCCUAUAUCCUAAUGCAAACCAACACAGUUAAAAGAGCAGAUCUCUGGAUAACUGCUCUCAACCUGCUUCUACGGUCUCCACAAACCGCAUUCACCCUCUCUCUUCAUAGCUCAGACAUGAAAUUUGAGGGAGAAAACUGGAGAUAAUUGGGAGAAAAUUGAUGAAGUUGGCUGCUUCCAGUAGAUCAGAUAAUCCAUGAAUUUGUCUCCCAUUGAGAAUUUUAUUUUAAAUUCUUUUAAACUCUUCGUUGUGUCUUUUGUGAUGACAAAUCAGGCAUGACUAAAAGAUGUACAGAGACUUACGAAGAUGGUCACAUUCAAGUUCCCUAAAGCUCUUAGAACCUGAAGAUGACCAUGUGUAGUUUUCUUAAGACCUCUGAACCCCCAUGGUGAUGAAGACUUGAAGACAUUUGCAGCUAUCUGCUGCAGUCUGGUAGAUUCAUACUUAUCUAAAGAAGUCAAAAAAUUUAUUCGUGCAAGUGCUUGCAGGAAGCCAGUGCUUAUUAGUAGUGACCCUGCUUCUAUCAACGUUAUUGAGACAACACAUAUUCUAGUCUAAGGGAGAAAGAGGGAGGAAGAGAGGGAGGGAGGGAGGAAGAAGAGGGAGGGAGCGAGGAAGGGAAGACAGGAGAUGGGUAGGGGGGUAAAGAGACAAGGAGGGAGAAGGGAAGGAAGGAAAGGAGAGAGGAAAGAAAGGAGGGAAGAAAAAAAGGGCCAAACUUUCUGAUCUAUGAACUUCUCAGUUCAGCUGUCACAUUAUGAGAAGUAAAUCAGAAUUUUUUUUAAGGAGAAGUCAUUCUUAGCACUACAAUUAUUGUACCAGUAAUUGAGGAAACCAAGACAAUCUUCACCUGAAUAAUAGAGGGUCUGAGAACUGUCAGCCUUUCGCCAUUCAAAAACAUUUAUGUCCAACCUGAAAAAAAAGCAUCAAUAAAACCUAUCCCAAGCAUUCAAAAUA